AUGAGCGCCCCACUUGGGAGACCAAAAGCACAGGUAGAUGUACUCCGAAUACUGGGCACGCCAGGAUCCCAUUUUGACAUGAUCCAGGAAGGCCCGUUUGCAACGGUCUCAAAAACAUGGACAACAAUCACGGACGGCGUGCCCCAGUGGAUUGUUGUCAAGUCCGCGACGACGUUGAGGAAGUUCGCGAGGGAGCCGCACGACAUUGUCAAAGAACUCCGGUUGCUCUCAUCCAUCAUACAUCCAAAUAUCACCCUCGUCCUUGGGAGCUUUCGAGACGAAGAACAGAACAUGCUUAGCAUUUACAUGCCCUACUUCCCUAUAUCCUUAUCCUCCAUCCUUACUUCCCCCUACUUCUCACCGCAUCGAUUUCCACCGCCUCAGACCCAGGAUGUUGAUACAGACGAAGACGCGGCCGUACACGAUGAACAGUUCUGCACCAUUGCGCGAAGCAUCAUGAUACAGACCCUUUCCGCGCUAGCGUUUCUUCACUCUGCACAACGGAGGAUAGGGCACCGCGACAUUAAGCCAGAAAAUAUCAUGCUCACCACGGACGGGUGCGUCAAGCUCAUCGACUUUGGUGUGUCCUGGUGCGAGGCAGAACAGGAUUUGGAGAAGAAUCACGAUCUGUGGCCGGAAUACAAGGGAAAGUUGUACUUUGAAGUGUCAACGAGAGCAUAUCGCGCGCCCGAACUGCUCUUUGGUUCGAGGAACUAUGACCAUUGCGCAAUAGACCUCUGGUCAAUUGGUGCCACAUUUGCAGAGUUCUUCACACCUCUUCGCCUGGUCUCCGAUGACGAAGAUGACGGAGACGACGACGAUGACACUGAACCCGAUUCAGACCCCCUCGCGCCUUUCAUCGUUCCAAAAUAUUUAAGAAUAGGGUAUCCUAGCGCACAGUGGAAACGAGAUACGCUUUUCAAUGGCGAAAGAGGAGAAAUCGGUCUGGCUUGGAGCAUUUUCAAGAUUUUCGGGACACCGACGAAGGAGAACUGGCCUGACUUUGAGGAACUUCCAGGCUCGACGUCUGUCGUAUUCAACGUCGUGCCAGCUGUCCCACUCAUUCCCCUUUUACCGAACCUGCCAUCUUCUUCCAACACUCCAAUGGUUGACAGUUCCAAUCCGAAUCCUAAUAUUAACACAUGUCCUUCUUCAUCUCGCUCGACCUCCGCUUCUAUACCAGCAAAUUCCUUGGAGAAAAAUGCCACUUCUGGAUUAUCACCAACAUCAGUGCGCGACCCACUUUCUCCAAGGCAAUUCUUGACCUCGCCUCUCCCUCCUUCAUCGACCUCCGCAUCUUCAAGUCCACUUGAUCCCAUUUCUCCUUCCGUUUCUGUCCCAUCUUUACCACGAGAAAAUAAAGAGUCGAUUUCAGACCAGCCCGAACCCGUCCCUGCUCUUAUAGAUCUCAUUUCUCGCUUCCUCGUAUAUCCAUCAGCGUCACGUAUUCAGGCGGAAGACGCCAUGCGUCACCCUUGGUUCACUACGCCAGGGGCGGUUCUUUUGCUACCACCUGGAUAUUCGCUGGGAUGGAAUUUACUUCUUGAAGAACAAUCAUCUAGAACAGAGACAACCAGCGGAGAGAAACGAGUGAAACAUGUUUGGAACGGACGUAGUUUGGGAGAGUGGAUAAAGGUUAUACUGGAAGGAGAGCCAUGA